AUGGCGGCGGCAGAAUCUGAUCGUGAAGUACCGUCUGUUCUGUGUACUGAAUUCCUGAAUUUCUCUGCCAAGGACACAGCUUCGGUAUGUGACAGUUUUCAUAUGUGUAUAUAUUUGAUGUGAUUUUUAUUAUCAAAUGGUGCAGAACGCACCAAUUUCAUCGACUAUAUUCAUUUCUAUAUUUUUCCAUCUCGAAUUGUUUUUCUUCAAUGCGAUGAUGAUGGCCUUGCUUGGCUACGGUACGGGAACAUGGCUAAUGCUAACUAGCUUUCUAGAAAAUGGCAUUAGCUAACCUAUGGCAUUGCAUAACUGUAAGAUAAUGGUUGGAAUCGAUAAUAUACCAGCUACUUUAUAUUGGUAGGGAUGUGUCCAGGAUUAUUUUAAACAAUACUAGCUAAAGUUAGCUAGAUCGUUUUAUUUAUAGCUAACGUUAAAGGCUAGGGUCACUUGGCAGACAGUAUUUUUGGUAUUGCUGGCCAACAUAAUUUGUUCGCCGUACUGUCUGGCGGUAAAGCAGUUGUUGCUGUUCCAUAACUAGCAGCAGUAGUUAGCUAUCCUGUACAACUUGCUUACCAACAAACCGUAAUGUCUGUUGUUGGGAAUUGUCCUUAUUAGUUCCGUGAAAUCCGCCCUGUUAACAAAACCCGUUGGGUCACACCGACCGUGUUCUUACACAAAAUAGUACGCAGCAUCAUCUGGUUAUGUGUGCAAUAAAAGUUCAAUAUUUACCUUAUGUUACCAUUUCAGUUAAGCCGUUUAUACAUACAGUUUGAUGCAUACAUUCGAUAAAUCCAAAGUAUGCAGAACGCACUGCAACUACCUCUGCAACGCAAUGCUGAAAGGCAAACUCAGCAUUCCAUUGGAAAUUAAUGUACUUCUGGUGUACCAAAACGCAAUGAUGAUGUCGGUCUGAUCGAGGGGUAGAUGCCAGGUUACAGAAAAGCUUGAAGUUGGCUAUUUGCACAAACCUAGCUAGUUAUUAAUGCUACCUACUAGUCACAUAUUGUUAAUAACGGUAAAACAGAUGUUUUCCAUUCCCCAUGACCCAUCCAGUGUGAUACAACACUUGUUGAUUGCGAUUCGCUAGCCAGAAUGUAUUGCAAAUGUGUCAAAUUGUUAAUACAGUGUCCUUGUACUUGGGCCUUCAGUAGCUCUGGCGUCAAUCACUACCAACAGAUGUGAGAACAAUCCAUAACAUUAAGCAUCGAGUCUAAUUCUAAAUAUGCUAAACAUUGUGUUGAUCACGCUAAACUAAAUAUCAACUUCAGUGAUCUUUCAUUUCCCCAUUAUACUCAGCCUAAGCCUACAGAUUGUCUACAUUUGACAUCUGCCCCCCUGCAGGCUAUACCAGGCUAAGAGCUCACUUUCCACAUAUGAUGCAACAUGCCAUGUACUAGAUGUGACUGUGCUAGUCAAUCACUGUCAUUUGAUGAAUUGACAUUAAGGGUUACCCUAUUGCCUGCGGCAAGUGACUUCAGCAGUCACAGAAGUUGAGCCUGCUCCGAGGUUGCCCCAUUGGGCAUAAAUGCAAAGAAUUUCAGUAGUCUGUUCAUUCUCGUUCCUCCCCUGUGUGUAGGUAGAAAUAGGUACUAUUUCAUGCAAGUGAUCCAGUGAUUGUCAGGAAUUUUGUGUUGACAAUAAGGCUAUUGUUAUAUUUUAUAGAGCCCAACCGAUAUAUCGGUUCACCAAUAUUAUUGGACUAUAUUGGCCUUUUACCGCUAUAUCGGUAUCGGACGAUUAUUCCACUGAUAACCAAUAUUCAAUAAAUAGCAUGAGAUUCCCUUCUUUCAUCCUAAUCUGAACACUUGUGGCCAUUCUCAUGAUAUACCCUGAUGAAGACAGCUUGUCUGUCGAAACGUUGGUUAUUAAAUUAUUACUUCUGUGCUCCUAUCCUUUUCUUUUUCAAGCCAUUCUCAUGAUGUCAUUAAUUUAACAAUGUAAGAAAUCAACAUUUGAAUCAUAUUUCUUGGACAAUUGCUCUUUUGGAUGGCAAUUUGAGGAUUCAGUGUGGAAACAUUUAACUUUUCCUUUGUCCCAGCGUAAAACAGUAUAUUGGCAGAUAUAUCGGUAAAUUUUGUCCCCCCAAUAAUCGGAAUCGGUAUCAGACCCCAAAAAACAUAUAGGUCGGCCUAUAAUAUAGAGCGGGAGUGAGUGGCAGUGAGUGGCUCGCUUAUCACAGCAGCAUGCCCCAGCGAAACAGGCAAAGGGACAUGCCAGAUACUUUAAUUAAAGGAAACGUGAGGAUAAUGCACUUACUGUUUGACCAAAUAGGACGUUUGGAGUGAGGUGACCAUGUACAGCCAAGUCAAAGGGGUCGCAAAAUGUGACUAAAUGGUCGCAGUCUGGAGCCCUGCCUAAAGGCUAACAUACCUUUGCUCAUCAUUCAAGAUUCAGCUCUGCUCAUCAUACAAUAAAGCACACCCACUAUAACUAGGUCAAAUUCAUACAAGUUGGACCUGGACUGUGUUCACAAAUGCCCUCAAGUCUGAAUGUCUAACAACGGGGUGUUGUAAUAUUCACGUCUCAAUGUUUCCCCCCUCUAACAGAAAUGGCUCCAGGUGACCGACCUGUACAAGGAGGUGUACCAGCACCUGGCCCGCUAUGUCCCCAAGAUCUACUGCCUGGGGCCCAACCUGAACCCCCAGAGUGAGGACCUGCUGGCCCAGCUACUGCUGCAGGCCCCUCUGGAGUGGUACCUGUGUGGAGAGGACCCCUCCAUGGGCCUGGCCAAGCUGGAGCAGAACAACCAGCCCUCACAGCUCUGUGGACACGUCUUCAGAGUGGGAGAGCCCACCUACUCAUGCAGGUGGGGGAAGUUGAGGUCUCGUUAGACAGGCAGACAGAAAGACAGACACACAUACGUACGUACGCACACACACACGUAUGCUAACUGUCCUUUCCUGUGAGUUGGCCAGGUGAAUUGGGUCAGGUUGGUCCUGUGUUAAGUCUCAGGUCAAACCGUAAGCUUCCUGGUAAGCAGUGCUGUCUGGAUAAGGUCGAGGUCACUUCCUUUACAGGAACAGCUUGACCAUAGUAGCUAAUUCCAUACACACUUAAGUGUGUGUUCAAUGGAAAGUAAUUGCAAUGCAUACCCAUGCUUAUUGUACUGUAUGUACUGUAUAGCCUAAUUGAACAUCCAUUCCAUGAGUAUUGUUUUCAUUUUUCCUCAAGAACUCCUUUGUAUUGGUAUUGAGUAAGAGGGUCACCGGGUCAUGUUAACAUGGGAUCAACAUAUGACCUGGUGGAACCUUGGAAGACAAUGUUAGGUACUGUUGCUGUCCCUCCUGCUUCUCUCACAAUCUAUCUGUCUCGCCUGCAGGGAAUGUGCUGCAGACCCCACCUGUGUGCUGUGUAUGCAGUGUUUCCUGGGCAGUGUGCAUAAAGAACAUCGCUACAGGGUAAGAAGGACCACACAACCUCUAUCACACACUCAAUGGUUCAGGAUAAGCAGGCCAACAGCCCAAACAAUGGCUAGUAGUGCUGAGCCAUUAACUGUCAUUUCGUUAAUUUUUUGUUUAUUAAACAACUAAUUGACCCAAGUCGGUUCAAUAACUUGAAUUCCAUUUAGUUCUGGGUUUUUUUUUCUGAGCCCAACGCGCCGUUUCUCUAGAGAGAAAUCAUUCACGAGAAAGUCAAGAACUAUGUGGGAGGUGGGCUGAAGGGAGUUGUAGGUUUCAUUAAGGAAAUUCAAACUAGUUCAGCGCAGAAACGUGGAAAUUAACUACAUUGACCAUAAUCCAUUGCGUCUGAUUUUCCCGGCUCAGACAGAGAUGGAUCAGAAAGGAAGAGGCAAAGCCAGAGGUUUCACUCUAGCCAAAAUCUGUCCAAAAUAAAUAAGCCCAAUGUAUUUCUAUGGGUUUAUUUUGGACCUAAGCUUGUCGCCUGCCUUUGGGACAAUGACUCCCAUUGUUAGGGCGUAGACAUGAGUAUCUCGUCAUUAUAUACAAAUCUCUGGCCGGAUACACCUUUAAGCCUGCUAUGUUAGGUUAGAUGCACACAGACUGCAUGAGAGAGGAAUGUACACAACACAAUGAUGAGAGGGACAGAGACCGUUUGUGAAAGUAUGCCUUAUCUACUUUGAAGAACUAGUUAAAAUGUAUUUUGUCAGACAGCUCUGCAGCAUACAGGCUAGCUAGAUAGGAUGACUAAAGACAGUACAGUAUGAGGAGCACAUGGAUAACGUUAGAGGGUCUGGCUUGCUGGCUGCUACUGCCUGAGCAGAGAUGAUGACUUUAAGGAAUGGAAGAUAAUCAUCAAAUAAAAACGAAGUAAUAUACACAACUGAAAUAUUAUAUUUCAUAGUAAUUUUCCAAAAAAAAUCCUACUGAUGUCUUCCCAAUGUGGACUUGUUCACAAUUUUUUUGAUUUGGAAUUUCCAUUAAAAGCUCUAAAAUCAUUGUAAUAUAAUUAUUUCAUAAUACAAAUAAUAAUAACCGAAAACCGUGAUUAUUAAAAAUGUACUGCUAUGAUUGCCAUGAGACGGGUCACCCAGUUUCUGCACUGAAUUCAGGCUGAGGAUCAGGCAGGCUAAUCGCAUUUGGGGCUGGCCUGGCUUGCCACUCUCCUGCCAUGUGAGCCUCAGGAUGGGUGCACCUAUGCUCCUCAGGUCUUAAGCUCUGUUCACCCACGAGUAGGUACAAGUUGCCCCUAAGCACUGAUACAGGGUCAGAUAUAUAUACUGUAGUUUUUAGGCCUACUAACAGUUAAGGUUAGGAUUGGGGGGUAGGGUGAAUUUAUCUUACCUUGAGUGCUUACUCAUUCAUUCUGGUCUUAUCUUACUCCCCUUGUUUGUGUUCUAGAGCAUUCUAAAACCCUCUACUUCAGGGCAGGCAGAUGUAUGUAUGUCUGAUGUAGAAGGUGGUCGUGGUCGUUGUUGUCGUCUUCCAAAUGUAAAUGAUCCAGAAGCUUCUCUGUCUGCUGCACAUGACUGUGUACGUGUGUUGUCUUGCCUCACAUAUUGUCUCCCCUCCAGAUGACGACCUCCGGGGGAGGGGGUUUCUGUGAUUGUGGAGACACAGAGGCCUGGAAGAAGGGCCCUUACUGUCAGAAGCAUGAGCCCAACAUCAGUGAUUCCUGUCAGGAGGUGAACAGCUCCCAGCCACAGGUACAGUGCAUUCAGAAAGUAUUUAGACCCCUUGACUUUUUCCCACAUUUUGUUACGUUACAGCCUUAUUCUAAAAUUGAUUAAAUAGUUUUUUCCCCUCAUCAAUCUACACACAAUACCCCAUAAUGACAAAGCAAAAACAGUUUUUCUUUGGACAUUUUUGCAAAUUUAUAAAAAAAUAAAACUGAAAUAUCACAUUUUACAUAAGUAUUCAGACCCUUUACUCAGUACUUUGUUGAAGCACCUUUGGCAGCAAUUACAGCCUUGAGUCUUCUUGGGUAUACAAGCUUGCACACCUGUAUUUGGGGAGUUUCUCCAGUUCUUCACUGCAGAUCCUCUCAAGCUCUGUCAGGUUGGAUGGGGAGCGUCGCUGCACAGCUAUUUUCAGGUCUCUCCAGAGAUGUUAGAUCGGGUUCAAGUCCGGGAUCUAGCUCGGCCACUCAAGGACAUUCAGAGACUUGUCCCGAAGCCACUCCUGCGUUGUCCUGUUGGAAGGUGAACCUUCACCCCAGUCUGAGGUCCUGAGCGCUCUGGAGCAGGUUUUCAUCAAGGAUCUCUCUGUACUUUGCUCUGUUAAUCUUUCCCUCGAUCAUGACUAGUCUCCCAGUCCCUGCCGCUGAAAAACAUCCCCACAGCAUAAUGCUGCCACCACCAUGCUUCACCGUAGGGAUGAUGCCAGGUUUCCUCCAGACGUGAUGCUUGGCGUUCAGGCAAAGAGUUCAAUCUUGGUUUCAUCAGACCAGAGAAUCUUGUUUCCCAUGGUCUGAGAGUCCUUUAGGUGCCUUUUGGCAAACUCCAAGCGGGCUGUCAUGUGCCUUUUACUGAGGAGUGGCUUCCGUCAGGCCACUCUACCAUAAAGGCCUGAUUGGUGGAGUGCUGCAGAGAUGGUUGUCCUUCUGGAAGGUUGUCCCAUCUCCACAGAGGAACUCUGGAGCUCUGUCAGAAUGACCAUUGGGUUCCUGGUCACCUCCCUGACCAAGGCCCUUCUCCCCUGAUUGCUCAGUUUGGCCGGGCGGCCAGCUCUAGGAAGAGUCUUGGUGGAUCCAAACUUUUUCCAUUUAAGAAUAAUGGAGGCCACUAUGUUCUUGGGGACCUUCAUUGCUGCAGAAAUGUUUUGGUACCGUUCCCCAGAUCUGUGCCUCGACACAAUCUUGUCUCGGAGCUCUACAGACAAUUCCUUCGACCUCAUGGCUUGGUUUUUGCUCUGACAUGCACUGUCAACUCUGGGACCUUUAUAUUGACAGGUAUGUGCCUUUCCAAAUCAUGUCCAAUCAAUUGAAUUUACCACAGGUGGACUCCAAUCAAGUUGUAGAAACAUCUCAAGGAUGAUCAAUGGAAACAGGAUGCACCUGAGCUCAAUUUCGAGUCGCAUAGCAAAGGGUCUGAAUACUUAUGUAAAUAAGGUAUUUCUGUUUUUUAUAUUUAAUACAUUUGCAGAAGUGUCUAAACCUGUUUUUGCUUUGUCAUUAUGGGGUAUUGUGUGUAGAUUGAUGAGGGAAAAAAUGUAUUCAAUGAAUUUGAGAAUAAGGCUGUAACAUAACAAAAUGUGGAAAAAGGGAAGGGGUCUGAAUACUUUCCGAAUGCACUGUAUAUCAUGUCUCAUUCACAUCUAAUAAAAAUACACAGUUCAUUCACUGCUUUUACUACACAUUGUUACAGAUUGCUAAUUGCCACUUUAAUAAUUGAUGAAUCAUUCUUUGAGGUUGACACAACAUUAUUUGACUGUGUAUUUGCAGGAUCCCCUUGCCCACCUGUCAACAGACAUGAUUGCCCGCUGCUAUAAUGUAUUUUCCAUUGUGCUGAAAUACGCCGUGGACAUGCUCACCUGGGACAAGGAGAACGAGCUGCCCCUGGGCCUGGAGCCUCCGUACGUACACACCCACACAUGCACGCACACAGGAAGUAAUUUGUGAUCACGUCAUGUUCUUUUUGGUCGUCAUGACAACAAAAUGAUUUUCCUUUAUAGCCAGUUAAUAUUCAUGUAUUUUUAUUUCUCAGAGACCGAGGUGACACCUAUUACUGCAUGCUCUUCAAUGACGAGGUCCACACCUACGAGCAAGUCAUCUACACCCUCCAGAAGGCUGUCAACUGCACCCAGAAAGAAGCAGUCAGCUUCGCCACCACAGUAGACAGAGAUGUGAGUGUUUUAAUGACUAAUGGCUUCGUGUUAGUGAUGGGGGAAAAACAUUUAUAGUUACGUAUUGCAAUAUCAUUUUUUGAUGAUAUUGUAUCGAUGUUUGACUCCCAAGUAUUGAUGCUAAUGUAGGUAGGGUUAGCUAGCGCUAGUCGGCUGGCUGUACAUGCGCCAAAACUCCGGUAUUUUUCAUCCUAUAUCUUGUUAUCCAUUUUCUUUAAAAUAGUAAGCCAACAUGUUUUCAGCACUUUUAUUUCCCUGACUGAUCAAAACUCAUUUUCUCAUGCUCUCUCGUCUCUCUGCAGCAGACAUAUAGUGAGCAAUAUCAUCACAACAUCAUCACAAUAAAAUCGCAGUAUCGAAUCGCAAUACAUAUGGAAUCAUGAGAAUCGCAGUACAUAUCGCAUCGGCACCCAAGUAUCGCGAUAAUAUCGUAUCGUGUGGUCCCUGGCAAUUCCCAGUCCUACUUCAUAUGUGUGUAAUCAUUCUCUUUACAGGGAAGGAAAUCGGUGCGCUUUGGUGACUUUGCGUUCUGUGAGCAGGCCAAGUCAGUCAUUGUGGUGAGUAGCCUGGUCUGGGGAGCUGUAUGUAUCUCAUUGGAAUCUCAUGAGAUGACAGAUGCUCACAUCCCACAUCUGCCACCAAUUAAACCAUGUUAGUUUACAGUAAUUUGUCAUGAGUGUAUAUAUUCAUCUGUGUGUGCAGAGGAAUACGAGUCGUCAGUCUAAGCCCUUGCGGGUCCAGGUAAUGCACUCCUCGGUGGUGGCUCACCAGUGCUUCGCUCUCAAAGCCCUCCACUGGCUGGGCCACGUCAUAGGAUACUCAGGUCAGUCUCCUUCCUCUCUCCAAACUACAUGAGAAGUAUGUCUAACUGCCGUUGGAUUGUACACUCCAUAUCCUCUUGAAAUAUAAAGAACUUUAACCCACAAUCUUUUUGAAAUGCCGCUCAUAAGUGGUUUAUUGGAGGGAAAAUAUGUUUUGGUCACGUCAGUCUUUACUUUUGCUACACAUCCAUGUUUGCUUCGUUUUUUAGUCCUUGUGUGUGUGUGCCCGUUGACAGCAGUGUGUACUCUCUGUGUGUUUGUGUGUAGAUGCUCUGAGGAGGAUCCUGUGUCAGGUGGGCCUGGAGAGAGGGCCAGAGGGAGAGAACUCCUCCCUGGUAGACACACUCAUGCUCUGUGACUCCAAGAUGUGGAAAGGUGAGGAAGAGGAAAUGCAUCCUUUUAGUUGUCCUGCCAGGGUUGGGGACACUUACAUUUGAAUUCAACUCAAUAAUAAAUGGCAAAUGUCUAUUUACUUUGAGAUUUGAUUGAAUUGGGAUGGCAUUGACUGACCCCAACCCUGUCUCCUGCAAUGCACAUAAAACAUAAAGAACCCUUCCAUAAGCACUCUGUUCUGACUAAUACCUGUUUUCCAAUCCAGGGGCCAGGAAUGUUUACCACCAGCUCUUUAUGAGCAGCCUUCUCAUGGACCUCAAAUACAAGAAGCUGUUUGCUAUCCAGUUUGCAAAAGUAAGCCUCUUCUUUUGACCCUUGAUUUGAAGGACCAGUAUGGCCACCUACUGUAACACAGCUAUGUGGAACGUCACAGUGCAUUCUGUAUUAGGAGAAGCGCUGGAUGGGCUAAUGUCAAACUGCUUCUCCAGCUGGCCCCCUUUAAUGAGGAACUAAUGUGUCAACAUCACAUCAGCAGGGCCGAGGACUUAGUCCUGAUGUACAUAAGUGCUAGCUCAAUGUCUCAUGUAAAAGUAUGGUAUAGCUAUUGCAGAGGAUUCGAUACUGUCUUGAAUUGAAGAUUGAUAUGAUGAAAGAAUGUAUUGUGUGAAUGAGUUUUUCAUCAAGAUCAUCCCAUGAGUACUCUGAAAGAAACUUACACCAUACCAAUUCAGUCAUAUAAACACACACACUGCCAGUUUCCCAGACACACCUGAGCGGGUCUAGUCUUAUCAUAAGAGCAGAUUGAGGGUGUGUUGGCACAAGGCCUGGAUGGGGCGUUAACUGCAUCCAUCACAUCCUUUAACCUGUCCUCCUGGGUGGCAUAGCUGAGAGGACAGACGGCAGGCUUUACCUCUGAUCUGCUUUCCUCUCAGCCUGCUUGGCAUGUAACACAGCCCCACACACUCCCAGUCCCUGUCUGACCCCAAAAUCCUAGGAUGUCCGCUCUGCUCUCACACACACUCGGAGCCAAAGCUCUACAGGUCUCCUGAGCUUAACCUGAGAGCAUAGAUAUGCACUCACUAGAUCACAUGAGCUAAGACUAGAAGCCAGGAGAUUGGAAAAGAUUGGCUGGCCAAAAUCUUACAUGGAGGAGCAUUUAAUCCAAACUUUGAUUGGACACAAUUGGUCUGAAGCUCUUCUGUGAUUCUAUAUCUUAGCUUUCGGAGACCUGGGUGGUAAAGGGCUUCAGAAGCUUAACGGGGGAGAAGGAUUAAGUUACCCUUAGACACUGAUCUGAGGUCAGUUUUGCCUUCCUCCUCCCAAAUGGUUAAGCUUACGAUUUGGGGAGUAAGCUGAUCCUAGAUCUGUGUCUAGGGGUUACUUCUCCCUGGAGCUUAGAAAGGAAUUGGGGGGAGUGAGGAGAGGGAAGGAGGGCACACGCCUUUGACCAAGAGGUGAAUGUCCCCCUUGUCGUUUAGAAUUACCGGCGCCUCCAGACAGAUUUUAUGGAGGAUGAUCACGAGCGUGUAGUCUCAGUGACCUCUCUGUCAGUUCAGCUCUUCACCGUCCCCACUAUGGUGAGUAACCCCAACCCCACGCCUGACCACACACCUCCCAACACACACACCUUCUCUUCUUCUCUUUUCUUCCCCAUGCCAACACCAUUAGAAUUAUGAGCGCUUGCAGAGCGACUAUGUGAAAGAUGACCACGACAGGGAGUUCUCAGUCACUGACCUCUCCGUGCAAAUGUUCACAGUGCCCUCCCUGGUGAGUACGGGCCACAGGGUCGGGGUGAAAUGAGAUGGUACCACCUGAGAUGGGACGCAUGCUGAAAACCACAGGGAAUUUAGACUUAUUGUGUAUGAUGUCACAUCCAUAGAGAGAAAGUAUGGCCAUCUAAAUCAUGGGUUCCCAAACUUUUUCACUCAGGGGGGCCCCCUUCCAGCAUUGGGUAACAUCCUGCGCACCCCCCCCCCUUGCACUUCUAUACAUUUUGCCAUGUCUAAUGUAUUCAUGUGAUAUUUGAGUGACUAAAAAAUUACAACAACAAACAUUAGCUGACAUGGGCUAGUUGAUCUGGACAUUUCUGACAAGUUAUAAAUAGCUCUCUAAGGUAUGCAAUGACUAACAUGACAAGAGGAACUGAUGAUGCACUACCAAAUGUCAAAGUUGCACCUUGUGCAUUCUACUAUUACAACUUUCAACAGUAAGUUUAAAGCCAGACUAGGGCUGUGGCGGUCAUGAAAUGUUGUCAUGAUAUGAAGAAUCAAUCAAAUGUAUUUAUUAAGCCCCUUAUGUUAGGCCCUGAUCUGGCUAUGCCAUAUGGCUGUGGGCUACACUAGUUCAUUUAGCAGACAAGAUUUGCUUAGAAUUCCAUGGCAUUAUUUUUUAUUUUAUAGUAUGAAGAAUACAAUUGAACAUAGCUGAAUAAAAUAGAAAGGAUCUUUUCUCCAAACGAUUUCCAAGGAAGUGAGCACAUGCGGCUAUUCUGUGUUGAGUGGUUAACAAAGAAACAGGUCCUCCUAUAUGCUUAAUUUAAAAUUAUUUAUAAUAAUAUAAUAAUAAUAUGCCAUUUAGCAGACGCUUUUAUCCAAAGCGACUUACAGUCAUGCGUGCAUAAUUUUUUUUUUUGUGUAUGGGUGGUCCCGGGGAUCGAACCCACUACCUUGGCGUUACAAGCGCCGUGCUCUACCAGCUGAGCUACAGAGGACCACAUAUUUAUGCAACCUUAGUUGUGAUACAAACGUUUGGCUAUAUGUUUUGAUUUUUAAUACAGUACAUUCUAGGGUUGCAUGAUGCAACUCUAAUGAUGAUUUGAAAAAAGUUGCAUGAAAGGCAUGCGCUCUGCUCUGUUUCUUGUGCAGGCUGCAGGCACUUCAUCAGUCUCUUCAUUGACAAUUUGACAAGCACUUGAUAAUAUUCUCACCAGGCCUCGAAUUUCCCAGUGGCAUCCCCUUGUGUGGCUGUAAUGCCCCCUAAAAAAUCCCAAGGGCUGAAUAUAAUAAUUAUAAUUCCCUUCUCCCGGCUGCCAUGUACCAACGCAGCUCUCACUCGCAUGGCUCUCUCAGAUAUCUCAUUUCUUAUUAGCCAAUGCCCGUCACGUGAUCGGGUCCUUCUCAUAGACAUCUCAGCUAAGAAGUAGGCUACAAGUGAAGACGGACACAUUGGGGACGCAACAGCGCGCGUCCCUCUUAUUGAAUUCCGAGGCACAUAUUGAAGAACUGACCACAUUUAGCCUACUUUUCAUCAGCCAACAAGAUGAGUAGGCCUAACGAACAGCAAAAUCACUAGCCUAUGUUAAUCUACUAUCCCCCAUAGUACAAAAGUUGACCUAUUUUGUUGGUCAACUUGUCCUGUGCAAUAAAUAAAUAUUCCAAACAUACUCUGGGACAGUUGUGGGAUGCGAUAGAUCCCACAUUAAUACAACCACUCGCAUUAAAAACCUUUUAAAAGCAAUUAGGCUGAUGCAACGGAUCAGAAUGUUUAGCUUAAAAUGUUGAUAAACUAUUAGGCUAUUUCUUCACGUUAUAAGCGCAGCAAUGCGCACACAGCAGUAGGCUAUAAGCGCAAAUGUUCCAAAAUGCAAUCAAUUAUCGGGAAAACACUAUUCUCAAAAGUGACCACAAAUACGAUUAUGCAUGUUAUGCUUUAUUAUAAAGGUGUAUUUUUAUGGUGAAAAUUAUCUUCCAAACUUGAAACUCACGUGCCGCCUAUGUAUGCCAGUUAGGCUCUACACUGGUUGUAAAGCAGAUGAAUGUGCUUAAUUUUAAGAAGUUAUUUGGCCACUUUAGUUGUGAUACAAACCUUAUCAAAACAUACAGGCCUAUGGGCUAGGCUACAUGAGGUCUGCGACUAUGAUUUGGAAAAAGUGGCCAAAAAAAAGCAUGCACUGUUUCUUGCCUUACUGCACACGCUGGGCAUCAUUCACAAGUGACAGGCUAAUAUUGUCAUCCAUCAGACUAUUCUUAAUUUAAUGUUGUCUUUACAUAUACUAAAUAAUAUGUGUGAAAUUAGUUUUGAUUUAGAAUGGACCAUUAUCAUGCACCUGUCUCGGAUUAGGGGCAUGGGGGGGAAAAAAGACAUGUCAUGUAUGCACUUAAAUAGCGAAUGGAGGACGCUUUUCCCGUGGUUCAUUUUCAUGCCAGCCAGUUAGGCUAUACUCCUUUUGUAAAGGAAAGCAAUGUGCUUAAUAUUAGGAAAGUUUAUAAAUAAAUAUACAUUUACAUUUUAGUCAUUUAGCAGACGCUCUUAUCCAGAGCGACUUACAGUUAGUGAAUACAUUUUUUUUUAUAUACUGGCCCCCUGUGGGAAUCGAACCCACAACCCUGGCGUUGCAAACGCCAUGCUCUAUCAACUGAGCUACAUCCCUGCCGGCCAUUCCCUCCCCUACCCUGGACGACGCUGGGCCAAUUGUGCGCCGCCCAUGAGUCUCCCGGUCGCGGCCGGCUGCGACAGAGCCUGGAUUCGAACCAGGAUCUAGUGGCACAGUUAGCACUGCGAUGCAGCGAUGCAGUGCCUUAGACCACUGCGCCACUCAGGAGUUAUAUAGUAGGCCUAGCCUAUAGAAAGGUGAUGGGAUCCUCCUCUUUUUUUUAAAAAUAGAGACCAUCAAAACUGUUUUCUCACGCAGUUGCAUAACCUAUAGAAAUGUUGCGCAAAAAACAUGAGCUCAUAGGCUCUCAUGAAGUGUUUUAUUUGAUUUUCGAAAACAUUUGCAUUGAAGUCGGAGUGAUUAGAGGGACAAUAGAGUGCUGAGUACCAGGCAGUUAGCAAGUUUGGUAGGCUACUAAUAACCAUCAGCAGCAUCAGAGCUUGGAGAAACCUAUUUACCAUGACUAAACGGUCACAUGGAAUUUGACUGCGGUCAUGACUCGUGACCGCCGGUCUGACGGUAAUAUGGUCACUGUAACAGCCCUAAGCCGGACUGAGUUCCUUUAAAAAAAAAAAAAAAUGGGGGGAGGGGGGUCCCUGCCGACCUCAGUUUGGGAACCACUGAUCUAAAUCAUGAGUGUCAUCUUAAUAGCUCCAUUCUCAACGUUGGUUCCUUGAAAAGGGUGUGGCAUGCUAAACUGAUGUUAGAUAUUUGAUUUUUCCUAACAACAUUAUACAGUCAGCAUCCUGUUUCAUGUCUUAAUCACAAUAACUAUACCCAUGUAUUAUAGAAAUGAAAAUGUUAAAGAAUAGUAUGUUAUUCGAAUUGUAGGCCAAUGCUGUACUGUAGUUUAAAGUAAUUGUCCAGUGUUUCCAGAUUUCUACAUUACCUAUAAUUGAACUCGUUUUCCUUCCAAAAAAUUGUAAUGAAGUAUGUUAAAAAGCAGCAUUUCUGUGUUGGAUUGGUGUGGGCAUACCCCAACAACAGAAUGGUGUGGGCGUAUACUGGUCAUUAAAAAUAUUCACCCAAGUAGACUGCUGAUUGGCCAGCUCCUCCUCCUCAGGAAGAUGACAUCAUCCUCUGUUUGAGAUAUAAUUUAUGCUUUGGCCACGUAGGAGUGAGUAUAGGAUGAGUCAACAACAUUAUUUGGGUAUGAGUUAACAGAAUAUAAACUUUUUAAAAGUGCGAUUUUCACUGGACAGUUACUUUAAGGCUGUAGUAUAUUGUCAUGUUUUUACAUAGAUUUGCCUAGAUUGUGUGUAGUGAUUAUUUGACUCCAGAAUGUCCUGCUACUUGAGGCCCCCUGAACCUCUUCCUUCCCGGCCCAGGCGCGCAUGCUGAUAACAGAGGAGAACCUGAUGACCACCAUCAUCAGGACCUUUGUGGACCAUCUGCGCCACCGCGACCUGCAGGGCCGCUUCCAGUUUGAGCGCUACACCGCCCAGCAGGCCUUCAAGUUCCGCCGCGUCCAGAGCCUCAUUGGAGACCUCAAGUAAGCUGCAUGCAUGUGCACACACACACACACACACACUGGGCAAUAUAACAGUGUGUGUAGAUUAGUUGAGUGAGUGUUGUACAAAGCCAGCAUACUGACCACUGUGGAGUGUGUGUGUGUGUGUGUUUCUGAAUGUGUUGUAAACAAUGUUGCUGUGUGUGUGCAGAUACGUCCUCAUCAGUCGGCCCACAGAGUGGAGUGACCAACUCAGGGAGAAGUUCCUGGAGGGACUGGACACCUUCCUGGAGCUGUUCAAGUGUAUGCAGGUAAGGACAGGUCACCAAUAGUGGUGGGAGACAUGGGGAGUCACAACCCCUCUGGGCAUGAUUGAGACUAUGCAGGUCUGUGGAACAGAAAAAAAUAAGAUGGGUGGUAGACUAGCUAGCCUGCAGGAAAACUUACUUUCACCUGCCCAGUUCUUUCGCACCAGAGCAGAUGGAGAAAAUGAGACUAAUAAGAUCCAUUCCCCUCAGGGCAUGGACCCUGUGGUGAGGCAGGUGGGCCAGCACAUAGAGAUGGAGCCUGAAUGGGAAGCAGCCUUCACCCUGCAGAUGAAGCUCACACACAUCAUCUCCAUGAUGCAAGAGUGGUGCGCCACAGAUGUGAGUGACUGGACGUGUACAUGCACGUGUGUGUGUGUGCAUAAGCACAUGAACGCACACACACUCACUUUCUCUCUCACAAACUCUCACUCUCAAAUGCUCACUCACUCACAAACACGCAGCCGGCUUCUCUCACUUGUGUUCCUAUUGUUUCUUCCCCUGUGUGUGUGUGUGUGUGUGUGUGUGUGUGUGUAUACAGGAGCGUGUGCUGAUUGAAGCCUAUAAGAAGUGCCUAACAGCACUUACACACUGCCACAGUGGCUUCACCGAUGGAGAGCAGCCAAUCACACUGAGCAUUUGUGGACAUUCUGUGGACACCAUCCGCUACUGCGUCUCUCAGGAGAAAGUCAGCAUCCACCUGCCUGUGUCCCGCUUACUAGCAGGUAGGACACACACACACACACACACAGCUGAAUGACAAACCACUAAUGCUUUGGCUAUGAUAUUGAUGGAGAAGAGUCUACACAUUAAGAUGGUCACUGCUGGUUUUCUGUUUAGGUCUCCACGUUCUCCUUAGUAAGAUGGAGGUGGCCUACAGAUUCCCUGAACAGCUUCCACUGGUAAGCAUGCAGGAGUGUCUCCGUGUGUGGUUGUUACAGGUUCAGCUAGCCUUUGCAAAAUGUGUGUUUUUGUGUGUCUUCUAAUAAAUCUCUCGUAUGGUCCUCAGAGUGAGCUGAGCCCCCCCAUGCUGAUAGAACACCCCCUUCGCUGCCUGGUCCUCUGUGCCCAAGUGCACGCUGGGAUGUGGAGGAGAAACGGCUUCUCAUUGGUGAAUCAGGUAAAAACGCCCCGUCCAUCAUUAUUAUCUUUCUUCCUCUGCGCUGUAUAUCAGAACUCACAUGUUGUAAGUGUUGUUGUUCUUGUGGGGUUUAUAAUGAAGAGAGUUCAUACUGUACUCUUGUUGCAGAUCUACUACUACCACAAUGUGAAGUGCAGAGUGGAGAUGUUUGACAAGGACCUCAUCAUGCUGCAGGUCAGUUUGUUGUUUCAGCUAACAACCUAAUGACGCUAACGGUCAACAACGUGUUACAGGCUUUAACAAGUGUUUGUGUGUUCACUCCAGGCCGGAGCUUCCAUGAUGGAUCCCAACCACUUCCUGAUGAUAGUCCUGAGCCGCUUCGAGCUCUACCACAUCUUCAGCUCCGCCGACUGCAGGAAGAGAUACAACAGGGAGAACACCAACAAGGUCUGCUCUCUCACUGACAAUGACAACUUAGUUUAGGCUUUUUACUCUGUUUGUACUCAGUUUAGGUGUGUGUGUCCAUCUCUUGACUGACCUGACUCCCUGUGUCUCUGUUAGGACGUGGUCCAGCAGAACAACACUCUAAUAGAGGAGAUGCUGCACCUCAUCAUGAUGGUUGUGGGUAAGUGCCCCACUAUCCUACCGCUCACUAGGACUUGUUGCCUGGGGGUUGGGUGGUGUGUGUUUCAUCAUGUACUCGGAGCCUCUGUUUGACUUGUUUCCUUGUGUUAACGAUGUUGGUAGAGUACCUGAUGGGUAUGCGUGUUUGUUGUGUCAGGUGAGCGUUUUGAGGCUGGUGUCGGCCAGGUGGAAGGCUGUGACCAGAUCAAGAGGGAGAUCAUUCACCAGCUGUGUAUCAGACCCAUGGCCCACAGCGAGCUGGUCAAGGCCCUGCCUGAGAACGUAAGGCAUUACUCCCCUUUCUCUCUCUUCCGUCUUUCCGUCUGCCUCUCUCUUGCGAUCUUUUUCUCUAUAUUAGUCUAUCUGGUAGCAGGGAUUCAAGUUCUUCAUCACUGCGAUGGAUUUCUGUCAGAUUCUGAUCAACUUGAUUAUCCCACCAGGGGGAUAUUCAUUUGGUCAUGUGCUUAAAAAGACAGUACAUGAAAACACAAACUACACAAAAUAAUUCAUAAAGUGCUAUAGCUACACAUUUAAAGUGAAAGUGCAAUAUGCUGUAUACUGAAGGGACCAACAGACUAUCUAUUAUACAGCCUAAUGGCUGUUGGAAUAAAAUAGUCUCUUUCCACUUGUCCGGCUGCUGCUGUGACUGAAUUUUGAGUGAAGGGAAUGAGUACUGUCCUGUAAAGUGCUUUCAAGUUUUAGGAGGAUGAGUUUUGUGUACAGGUUGGUGGCUGAUUCUUGAUCUAUACCAAUUAUCCUUCCUGCUGUCUUAAUCAAGCAGUGAAGCUUGACUUGGUCUUGCACUCGCAUGUUUCCGAACACGCAUAUCAGACCAAAGGACAGCACACUCUGCAGGACAGAUUUAUAGAACAUUUGUAAGAUAUGGUGGUCGACAUUAAAAUGGUUCAAUUUGCAUUAAAAAAAACAUGAUAUUUUGCAAUUUCUUUAUCUUUGCAAAGGCACAGUCAUUGAAUUUCAGUUUGUCUAUUUCGAUUCCCAGGUACUUAUGUGGUCACUCUAUCGACUGAUUUCCCCAUUGAUCUUCAUAGGGGGGGGUGGAGUUUUGUUCCUUCUGAAAUCGAUUGACAUCUCUUUUGUUUUCUUAACGUUUAUUUCAAGAAAGUUAUCUGCACACCACUGGACGAAUGUUGCAGUUUCUCUGUCAACCUUGAAGAGAGGCUUGGUCUGUGUGGAGGAAACCUACAACAGCGGUGUCAUCUGCAUAUUUAAAAAAUGUGUGGGCUGCGUCAGAGGCUUGACAAUCGUUUGUGUACUGUGUGUACAGUAUCUGUGAAAGUACGCAUCUAUGAGGGGCUCCCUAAAUGACGUGUGAGAUUUGAGUAAACAUGUUUGUUUUUUGGAGGGGGGGGGGUGAUUAUUUUGGGUUAAACACUCCAGGCCACACUUGAAUGUCUAAAACAAUAGAAAGUAUGUAGAAAUGAUAAUUGACCAAACAACUGCCUGUUUUCUGGGCCGCGAAUUGAUUUUGACAAACAAAUCGGUCAUACGUUUUCCAGACGAUCUGAGAUCAACUUAAGUUUCAGUCAUGGGAUUUUUUUGUUUGUUGCUUUAACCCACCUUUGUUAUUUAGUCUCUGUUUCUCUCUCUCUCCUUCUUGCUCGCUCUGACUAUAUUUCUCUCUCACUCUCUCUCUCCCCUUCUCUCGCUCUCUCACUCCCUUUUUCACCACACGUAAGUUCAGGCUGACUGCCCGUCUGCAGUUUUCACUUGGAAUAUCCCUUGGAGUCAUGGCCAACAAUAUUUAACUAGUGACAUAAGCUGUCGUGGCAUGGGCUUUGAAUGCUCCCAUUUCCCAUGAUCUACACACCAUCUGGAGCUUUGGAUGAGACGUUUUCACUGCAAUUGGAAAAAUCAGUAUCUCUUUGAAUACCCUGACACCUAGUGGUGAACCUAAGCAGUGCAGAAGAUGUGCAAAAGCUAGUCUGUCUUGGCCUAAUCUCAGUUAACCCAGAACUAAAACUUUGUGUAAUUUGGUCAUAUGUUUAUGUAGUCUGUCUACAAGAGAUUAAGUACAUUUGCACAAACUUUGGCUUGUGUUAGCCGGAACGCAGGUCAGCCUAUCCUGUUUCUGUAGUGCGAGGAAGCUUGAUGUAUAAGCUUUUUGUACUUUUGGAACAUUUCUGGGAUCUUUUAUUUCAGCUUAUGAAACAUGGGACCAACACUUCACAUGUUGCGUUUUAUUUUUGUUUAGUGUGUGUGUGUAUAUAUAGAUUGUUUUAAAUGCGCGUAAAACUGCGGUAAAUGUGUGCAUUUUCCUAUUUCAAAUAUAUAUUGUUCAAAACAAGCUGUUCAUUUACUUACUACUCUGCCCGUCAGUGUGACUGCCAGCAGCAGCAGCUCCGCCUCUGUGGGUGCAUAGGCCGUGCAGAAAUCAUUUGGAUUGUUUUUGCCAGCAAUUUGCUUUGAGGGGGAACUGCCCUAAUGAAAUUGCUGGAUUUCAUAGCAUAAAUUAUAACCACACAAAGUAAAUGGACUGUCAUGCUGCUUUGUUGACAAGUCCAUCCACCUUGCGCCCUGGGUAUUCAGCCAAUCAGCCGCCACUGCACUCUAACCACAAGGCCACUGAGAGAUUAAGCUUGGCCCAAGUGACAGCUACACACAGCAAGAAACAAGGCUAUUAUAAAGGCAACCCCAGCUCUAAUAUGUCACUUUAAUCUAUCCCUUCUUUAGGAGAACAAGGAGACUGGUAUGGAGAGAGUGAUCGACUGUGUUGCUUCGUUUAAGUAAGUAGCUUUCUCUAGUUGUUUGUUACAUGAUGUUUAAACUGACCUCCUGACCACUCAGGUUAUUAAUGUGAAAGAGUUUGUUCAUGGUGACUUGGCUGAAUAAAGAUCAGACAAUUAGAUAUGUAUGAUGCGCCCAUAUUAGAUAUGUAUGAUGCACCUAUUGUGUCCAGUUGUGUAACAUGUUGGUCACUCAUGUCCUUUGUGCCCACAGGAAGCCUGGCGUGACAGGCAGAGGGCUGUAUGAGCUCAGGCCAGAGUGUGCCAAGCAGUUCAACCUCUACUUCCACCACUACUCCCGAGCUGACCAGUCCAAGGCAGAGGAAGCUCAGAGAAAGCUGAAGAGACAGAAUGGAGAGGACACGGGUAAAGAGUCUCAAAGAGAAAACACUUGCCUUGUAUACAUGAAGCACAUCUUAAAAUGGAAUUGAUUAUGUAAUUAUUGCAGACAUUGUGGUGAUUGGUUGUGGUCUUUCAGCUGUCUCUAUCAAGGGCUCCUUUUUGUUUGUUGUAGCCCUGCAUCCUCCGGUGCUACCCCUGUUCUCCCCGCUGUUUGCCAGCCUGGUGAACAUUCUGCAGUGUGACGUGCUGCUUGGAAUGCUGGGAGCCGUGCUGCAGUGGGCCGUGGAGCCCAGCGGAGGGCACUGGUCUGAGUCCAUGCUGCAGAGGGUGAGGGGGACCAGGACCACACUGUGCGUGCGCGCGCGUGUGUGUUAGAGAAAGUGUGUUAGUGUCUUACUAUGUUUAUUUGUAGGCCCAUUAGAAGCAUCUCUGUCCAUAACCGUAUGUCUGUUUAGGUACUGCACCUAAUAGGUAUGGGUCUACUUGAGGAACAGCAGCAGUUAGAGAACAGCAGUGAAGACAAUGACGUCUCUUUCAACUUCACCCUCAAAAUCUCCCGUAAGUCAGUCCCGCCUAGCCUGGGUACCAGUCUGAGUUAUCGUUCCAGUCCUUGUCAUGCUAAACAUGACACUGAGUACAGGGAGUGAAAUGUUAGCCUGAAAUCCAGAACCUGUUUUGCUAACUCUCUCACUCUGAAACUAUCUGCAAAACUGAACGAGAGAAAUCUUAGGGAUGUUGCUCUAAGAAUAAUAUGGUCAUUCAAACUGUCAAACUUGACCUGCACACUGUCAAGGUUGACAUUUUGAAUGACCCAUCUUUUUUGUUGUUGUUGCGACAUUAGUAAGAUUUCCAUGACUUUUUAACAAAGUGUAUGUAACUGUCCAGUAUGUGGGUGUAUCCUAGGCCCAGGGGAAGCCCCCAGUAACACAGCCAGUGUCCUGGCCCUCCUGGAGAACCUACAGAACGCCCAUCACCUGGAGGUCCACAAGGACAUGAUCCGCUGGAUCCUCAAGGUGGGUCAACAUUAUUACAACCUCCCCUACCAAUGCAACUCUCAUAGAAGACACCUAGUGUUUGAGUUGGUACACUGCAAUAAUGUACAUGCCAUGGCCACCAGGAGGCAGCAUAGGGCAGCAUGCAACUAGUGGUCAUCAUGACAAAUGCAUAUCCAUGAUUACUUCUGUCAGAUAAAAUAGAAAGAUGUAUUCUUGUGUUUUAUAUUGAUUUCUCACUUUUUGACGAGGUAAUAUUAUGAGGUAAUAUUAUUGUGUCCCUGUGCAGACGGUGGCCAGCAUUAAGACGAUACGGGAGCUGACCGCCUUCACCUGUACAGUGACUGCCAGCGGGAGCCACGGUCAGGAAGAGGUGGGUCUAGCACAUCUAAGAGGAGUUGCACCUAGUGGCAUUUAUUUAGUUUCUCAUGAAUUGAAUAGAAAAAUAUAUUGCAUCUGUGUCUUCCCUUCCUACAGAUGGUGUGUGACAAGGACAAGGCAGAGAGGAAGAGGAAGAUGGAGAUGGCUCGCCUGCGCAGGGAGAAGAUCAUGGCCCAGAUGUCAGAGAUGCAGAGACACUUUAUCAAUGAGAACAAGGAGCUGUUCCAGCAGAGUCUAGAGGAGCUGGAUGCCUCCACCUCUUCCUCACUGGAGCACAGGUACUGACAACACACACACACACACACACCCCACCACACAAACAAACUUGUAUUUCACCGCUCAAUCGCCACCCUAAACUCAAUCAAACUCUAUAAGCUGUCUCUCACCUGCCCCCCUCUCUCUCCUGCAGCCCCACUUCAUCAGACGCAGCCCUGGUGUGUGUGGGCCCCAGGCGGUCUUGUCCCAGGGAGAAGAGGCAGGUGGUGACGUGUAUCCUGUGCCAGGAGGAGCAGGAGAUCAGGGCUGACGGCAAGGCCAUGGUGCUGGCUGCCUUCGUCCAGCGCUCCACCGUCAUGUCCAAGAACCGCAAAAGACCGCCGCACGACCCCGGUGAGAGAGAAACUGAAGGGCCUUAGGUCACAGAUGAGUAGAAGUUGCCCUUAGGUACAGAUCUAGGAUCAGCGUACCUUCCCUCAAGUCCUAACCUUAACUAUUGGGUGGAGGAAAUGUUAAACUGACCUUAGAUCAGUGUCAAGAGGCAACUUCAUCCUACCCCCUAGACCACAGAUUGGAGGAUGUAUAGUCUUUAUUUGUUUUUUUGUCCGUGAAUGAUAUACUAGCAUUGCUUGACUUACCUGCUUAUGUUUUCCAGAGCAUUACGACCCUCUCUUCAUGCACCCUGACCUGUCGUUUGGCACCCACACAGGCAGCUGUGGCCAUAUCAUGCACUCUCACUGUUGGCAGAGGUGAGCCAGACUCAGGGUUCUACAAUACACUGGGCAUACAGAGCUGGGGCAGGGCACUAUGACACAUACAGGGGGUUGUGUAAAAUGGAAGGUUUGGAUCUUGAGGUGGAAGGAUUCAGUGGGCCUGUAGAGUUGACUGUUGGUUGGGUAUCUGGAAAAUAAACUCAAUAGUUCUUAUCUCCUGUGUGUGUGUGCAGGUACUUUGAGGCGGUGCAGGCCAAGGAGCAGCGGCGUCAGCAGCGACUGCGUGUCCACACCAGCUACGAUGUGGGGAACGGGGAGUUCCUGUGUCCGCUGUGCGAGUGCCUCAGUAACACCGUCAUUCCCCUGCUCCCCCGCGCCAAGGGCUCCAGCAGGUACCCAAUCACACUAUAUUAUAAUAAUAUAUGCCUUUUUAGCAGUCGCCUUUACCCAAAGCGACUUAGUCAUGCUGCAUACAUUUUACUUACGGGUGACCCCUGGAAUCGAACCCACUAUCCUGGUGUUGCAAGCGCCAUGCUCUACCAACUUAGCUACAGAGGACACGCGCGUGUUAAUUUGGGGUGCAUCUCUCAUAGUCUAAUUUGGUUUCCUUUCCUUUAUCUGUGCUCAUCUGCUUUCACCUAUCCAUCAUUUUCAGAAGGCCUAUAGUGAAUUCUCAAUGGGAAUUUGCUUUCACCCGUCCAGUUCCUUCAGAUCAGUGCAGAGGAAGGGGAAGAGAGGAAGCCACUUAAGACUACUGAGAUGCACCCUCGGUCAGGAAACCACACUUGACUGGUAGUGGAUACAGGAUCACAGCGACCACACAUUGAUUAGUGGUUGUCACGUGAUGGAACCCCCUCUGGUCCCUCGCCUCUCCUUCACCUCCAACCAGUCCACCCCCCCCAGUUAAACCAGUUUAGUUCCCUUCAAGAGUUCUGACGUCAACAGUACCACUUCACUCUCACACGAGGUCAAGGCUCACUCGGCACUAAGGCUCAGUCGUCACCUCCAAAACUACAGAGGUCAUUCAGACAAUUUACACUUUCACAUAGAGGGCUGAUAAAAGUUUUCAACGAUUUAAAAGAAAAAAGACCAUGCUAGCGAAUGUAUGUUUUUGGUUAUUUUUAUACAAUUCAGGUCAUUAUUGUAAAAUAAAAUAUGUUCUGAUAAAUAUUAAUCAAAGAAUGGCUCUGAUGCAUCUGCACUGAGUGUAGAAAACAUUAGGAACUGCUCUUUUCUUGACAUCGACUGACCAGGUGAAUCCAUUUGAACGCUAUGAUCCCUUAUUGAUGUCAGUUGUUAAAUCCACUUCAAUCAGUGUAGAUGAAGGGGAGGAGACAGGUUAAAGAAAUAUUUUUAAGCCUUGAGACAGUUGAGACAUGGAUUGUGUAUGUGUGCCAUUCAGCGGGUGAAUGGGCAAGACAAAAGCUUGAAGUGCCUUUGAACGGGGUAUGGUAGUAGGUGCCAGGCACACCAGUUUGUGUCAAGAACUGCAAUGCUGCCGGGUUUAUCACGCUCAACAGUUUCCCGUAUGUACAGUGGGGAGAACAAGUAUUUGAUACACUGCCGAUUUUGCAGGUUUUCCUACUUACAAAGCAUGUAGAGGUCUGUAAUUACAAAAAUCCAGAAAAUCACAUUGUAUGAUUUUUAAGUAAUUAAUUUGCAUUUUAUUGCAUGACAUAAGUAUUUGAUCACCUACCAACCAGUAAGAAAAGCAGAACUUAAUAGCAAUUACAGAGAUCAUACGUUUCCUGUAGGUCUUGACCAGGUUUGCACACACUGCAGCAGGGAUUUUGGCCAACUCCUCCAUACAGACCUUCUCCAGAUCCUUCAGGUUUCGGGGCUGUCGCUGGGCAAUGCGGACUUUCAGCUCCCUCCAAAGAUUUUCUAUUGGGUUCAGGUCUGGAGACUGGCUAGGCCACUCCAGGACCUUGAGAUGCUUCUUACGGAGCCACUCCUUAGUUGCCCUGGCUGUGUGUUUCGGGUUGUUGUCAUGCUGGAAGACCCAGCCACGACCCAUCUUCAAUGCUCUUACUGAGGGAAGGAGGUUGUUGGCCAAGAUCUCGCAAUACAUGGCCCCAUCCAUCCUCCCCUCAAUACGGUGCCGUCGUCCUGUCCCCUUUGCAGAAAAGCAUCCCCGAAGAAUGAUGUUUCCACCUCCAUGCUUCACGGUUGGGAUGGUGUUCUUGGGAUUGUACUCAUCCUUCUUCUUCCUCCAAACACGGCGAGUGGAGUUUAGACCAAAAAGCUCUAUUUUUGUCUCAUCAGACCACAUGACCUUCUCCCAUUCCUCCUCUGGAUCAUCCAGAUGGUCAUUGGCAAACUUCAGACGGGCCUGGACAUGCGCUGGCUUGAGCAGGGGGACCUUGCGUGCGCUGCAGGAUUUUAAUCCAUGACGGCGUAGUGUGUUACUAAUGGUUUUAUUUGAGACUGUGGUCCCAGCUCUCUUCAGGUCAUUGACCAGGUCCUGCCGUGUAGUUCUGGGCUGAUCCCUCACCUUCCUCAUGAUCAUUGAUGCCCCACGAGGUGAGAUCUUGCAUGGAGCCCCAAACCGAGGGUGAUUGACCGUCAUCUUGAACUUCUUCCAUUUUCUAAUAAUUGCGCCAACAGUUGUUGCCUUCUCACCAAGCUGAUUGCAUAUUGUCCUGUAGCCCAUCCCAGCCUUGUGCAGGUCUACAAUUCUAUCCCUGAUGUCCUUACAGCUCUCUGGUCUUGGCCAUUGUGGAGAGGUUGGAGUCUGUUUGAUUGAGUGUGUGGACAGGUGUCUUUUAUACAGGUAACGUGUUCAAACAGGUGCAGUUAAUACAGGUAAUGAGUGGAGAACAGGAGGGCUUCUUAAAGAAAAACUAACAGGUCUGUGAGAGCCGGAAUUCUUACUGGUUGGUAGGUGAUCAAAUACUUAUGUCAUACAAUAAAAUGCAAAUUAAUUACUUAAAAAUCAUACAAUGUGAUUUUCUGGAUUUUUGUUUUAGAUUCCGUCUCUCACAGUUGAAGUGUACCUAUGAUAAAAAAUUACAGACCUCUACAUGCUUUGUAAGUAGGAAAACCUGCAAAAUCGGCAGUGUAUCAAAUACUUGUUCUCCCCACUGUAUCAAGAAAGGUCCACCACCCAAAGGACCUCCAGCCAACUUGACACGACUGUGGGAAGCAUUGGAGUCAACAUGGGCCUGCAUCCCUGUGGAACGCUUUCAACACCUUGUAGAGUCCAUUGGGGCUGUUCUGAGGGCAAAAGGGGGUGCAAUGCAAUAUUAAGAUGUUCCUAAUGUUUUGUACACUCAGUGUAUACCAACAGUUUUGUUUUUAGCAUGUCAAUGGCCAGCCCAUAUUUGUAUGCUUAUCAAUAAGUGUGACAAUGAGUAGGUCAGUGCAUUGUCCAGUCCGCUUCAAUAUUUCCUCUCUCCAGUUGUGAGCAGCCUGGUCUGGGUCAGUGGCUAAAGACCAGUGGUCAGCAGAUCAAGGCCAUGCACUCUGCCCACAGGAAACUCCAGCCCAUCAGUGAGUAUUCCUUCCUGCACAGAUCAUUCUUAUCAUAGCACCACCCAUUCAUACUGUAACAUAACACCAGACAUGCUCCGCCAUGUCUGUUUUAAUUCAUCAUUAGCGAUCACAAUAUAUCAGCAUUGAGAUGAAAGUGUUUCUGAAGUGAUACGACAGAAUGUGUCUAUGCAUUCAUGUUAUGUCACUAAACUGUGUGAUGUGUGUGUAGGUGUUGACGCUGUUGAAGAGACGGUAGAAGAGGGGUGCCCUGCCCCUGAGGGUUUCAGAGUAGACCACACUCCCACGUAAGUGACUGCUCAUGACUGACACUGUAACCCGAGUUAUGAGAGAGAGCUAUUUGGGUGCAGGGCAGGUGACGACGUCUCAGAGUAAACCAAGACAUCUUUGGGUUAGUUUGUGGUUUCCUCUGAUUUGGAUUUUGUUCACCUACCCGUCUCUUCAGGAGUCCCUACUCCAGCACCAUAAAGGAGAUGCUGACAACGUUUGGGACAGCGACCUACAAAGUUGGCCUUAAGGUGCACCCCAAUGAGCAGGACCCCCGCGUCCCCAUCAUGUGCUGGGGCAGCUGUGCCUACACCAUCCAGUCUAUAGGUAAUGCACAGACACACACACACAGACACACACACAGACACACACAGACACACACACAGACACACACACAGACACACACAGACACACACACAGACACACACAGACAGAAAACAAGAUGAAUUAAAAGAAUGAGAGAACCAACAUAGUUUAAGGUGAUAUAAAACCCAUAUCAAAGGUGCACAUGUGGGAUUGAGUUAAGUCUAGUGACUGUAUUACCGUCACACCGGCAGUCAUACUUUUAAAACUCACCUCACUGUGAUGAUCAAUUUGAAGAAAGAACUUCAACAGCAGGUUGAAACGGUGUAAAACAUAGUUGUUUCAAAGCCGAACACAAUGAAAUGAAAUGUACUGCGCUUUCUACAGUGAUGAUUAAUUCAAAACGCUUAUGAGCCCAAGCCCGAAAAAAAAUUAAUUUGAUAAAAAUUAUCACUGUGCCGUUAUACAAUACAUAGACUACUGCAUGUUACACAUGGAAGAAAAACAUAAAACAAAACUGAUUUUAAAAUGUCUUUGGUACAUAAUUGGUCUAGCCUGUACUCCAAAAGUAAACAAAUCCUGCCCAUUUGAUAAUGGGCCAUUCUAAAUCGAACCUAAUUUGACAUAUUAGUAAAGACAAGAUUCAAUUGAGAAUAGUCUGAUGGAUGAAAAUAUGAUGACUUGAUGAGAGAACAGCUGUGCAGCCUGAGGCAAGGAACAAGGCGCAAGCUUUUUUUGCUACUUUCUCAAAUCAUCAAUAGCCUAUCUUUGCACCAUGCAGCCCAUGAGUGUUUUGAUUUCUAAGACCUAAGGUUUGUAUCAAUCACAACUAAUAUUGCCAAAUAACUCUCAAUCAAGCAUAUAGGACCUGUUUCAAAUGAUCACUUUUACGCUCAACAUAUCCACUUCAUAUGCACACUCGCUCUGUAAUGGGAAAAAUAUCCUUUCUAUUUUAUUCAGUUAAGUUCAAUGAUAUUCUUCUUACUAUAAAAUCAGAUAAAAUAAAAUAAUGUCAUGGGACUUUUAAGCAUAUCUUGUCAGCUAAAAGCCUACAGCCUACGGUAUGGAGCAUAGCCAGAUAACAUAGGCCUACAGUAGGCCAACUCAUAUUCUGUUCUUCUGAAAUACGUUCUCUUCAUAUCAUAAUGUUUAUUUAGACCUGACUACAAGAAAUAAUGAAUUAUUGUGAUGGUGUAAAUUCAAUGUAUUCAUUAGACUUUUUUAAAUGUAGAUGUUCCAAAGAUGUGCAUCAGUGGCUUGUAUGCAUGGAGGCCUGGAGAUGCUAAAUGUGUUUAUGUUAAUUAACAGUAAAUUACCGUGAGACCGGCAGUCUUUUGAAUGACAAUAACCGGCUGACAAAAUGUCAUGACCGCCACAGCCCUAGUUCUUCGUUAUUUAAUGGGUCAAUUCAUACGUUUCAAAUGCUGAGAAUGGUCCACAGAUGUCCAAACACAACCAGAGCAUAGACUCCCUUGUUGUGAUGUUCAACUGACUUUUUUAUUUCAUUUUUCAUUUUGCAGAGCGACUGUUGGUGGACGAGGAGAAGCCUUUAUUUGGAAGUUUGCCUUGUAGACAGGUAAACGACGACAACCUCUCCUUCUAACCUAUGAGUCAGUGGACAGGAGUCUUAUAGGAAGUAGUGUUAUGUGGAGAGGUGCUAAGACAUAUUUGACACUGGGGUUUGUGUGUGCAGGAUGACUGCCUGAGCUCCCUUGCCAGGUUUGGCUCAGCGUGUUGGACUGCAGCCUCUCAGCCCUCUGUGCAGGGCCACUUCAUAAGACUGGUAGCAGGUAGGGCAGACACUGUCAACAGGCGGCUGCAGGACCAGUAGGCUGGCCUUUUCAGUGCCUGAAUUCAAAUUCACAUGUGUUAAUGUUGCAUAUGUUGAGGCUUUUUUUGGUCUAGGGAUUUGAGUUUUAUAGUUACAUUGAUGGAAUGUGUGUGUUUCUGUAGCAUUAAUUCCAGACCCCCAGGUGGAGACCUCUCCCUGUAUCCUGGACAUAGACAUGUUGCACCUGCUGGUGAGUGCCCCCCCCCCCGAGCGACUACAUAUCCGCAAAGACCUCAAAUGAUCAUCAACACAUCAAUAAUACCAUCAGCCAUACAGACAUGCAUGACAAGUGGCAUAUCAGGUCUCUGGGCUCCCAGAUCAUAAUCAAACCCAUUGUUGACUCUUACCAUAAAACCUUUUACAUCGUGUAUAAGUGUAAAGUCAACACCGAUCCCUCUCUCAGGUGAGUGUGGUGCUGUCCUACGGAUCUGUCCACUCCCAGGACUCGUCAGGGCUGAGUGUGGACGCUGUCCAGCUGCACCUCUUCCACCUCAUCACUGUGGCUCACAUGGUCCAGAUACUGCUCACGUCAGGCCCAGGUAAGAAGAGAGCGCACCCUACACCUGGACAGGGUGUGUGAAAAUGUGUCUGCAUGCAUAUUAAAGUUCUCUCAACACCAGCUAAGAUCAUACCUUUGGAUAGUUGAAGAGAGAGUAGUUACAAGUCGUUGGAAGUUAACCACUGUCAAAUGGAAAACAUGUUUGUAUGGCAUAGAGAAAGGAACAAACAUGUACAUUCUGUGCGUCAACAGAGGAGGUGACCAUGGAGCAGGAGAGUGAGGGAGCAGAGAGGGAGGAGGAGGAGGCCAUCUGCUGUCUCUACAACACCCUCAGAACACACCUGGGCAGGUGAGGCAACACUGGGAACUCCCCAGAAUACACACUCACCUACCCUGUCCACCAAGCAGCCAUCUUUUCCUCCGUAUCGUCAUGGUAAUACACGUUGUGCUUAAACCCAUGCUGUGAGUGUGGUUUAUAAUGUGUGGUGUGUGUGUGGUUGACAGUUCCCUGCCUGAGGUGGGCUCUGGUUGGCACCUGUGGCGUUGUGUGAAGACUGGCAUCCUACCCUACCUGAGAGGAGCAGCACUGUUCUUCCACCACCUUAACGGAGUUCCUACACCCCCAGAGCUGCAUGGUAACUACAACAUAUAGUGAGGUGAAAAAAGUAUUUGAUCCCCUGCUGAUUUAGUACGCUUGCCCACUGACAAAGACAUGAUCAGUCUAUAAUUUUAAUGGUAGGUUUAUUUGAACAGUGAGAGACAGAAUAACAACAAAAAAAUCCAGAAAAACGCAUGUCAAAAAUGUUAUAAAUUGAUUUGCAUUUUAAUGAGGGAAAUAAGUAUUUGACCCCCUCUGCAAAACAUGACUUAGUACUUGGUGGCAAAACCCUUGUUGGCAAUCACAGAGGUCAGACGUUUCUUGUAGUUGGCCACCAGGUUUGCACACAUCUCAGGAGGGAUUUUGUUCCACUCCUCUUUGCAGAUCUUCUCCAAGUCAUUAAGGUUUCGAGGCUGACGUUUGGCAACUCGAACCUUCAGCUCCUUCCACAGAUUUUCUAUGGGAUUAAGGUCUGGAGACUGGCUAGGCCACUCCAGGACCUUAAUGUGCUUCUUCUUGAGCCACUCCUUUGUUGCCUUGGCCGUGUGUUUUGGGUCAUUGUCAUGCUGGAAUACCCAUCCACGACCCAUUUUCAAUGCCCUGGCUGAGGGAAGGAGGUUCUCACCCAAGAUUUGAUGGUACAUGGCCCCGUCCAUCGUCCCUUUGAUGCGGUGAAGUUGUCCUGUCCCCUUAGCAGAAAAACACCCCCAAAGCAUAAUGUUUCCACCUCCAUGUUUGACGGUGGGGAUGGUGUUCUUGGGGUCAUAGGCAGCAUUCCUCCUCCUCCAAACACAGCGAGUUGAGUUGAUGCCAAAGAGCUUGAUUUUGGUCUCAUCUGACCACUACACUUUCACCAGUUCUCCUCUGAAUCAUUCAGAUGUUCAUUGGCAGACUUCAGACGGCCCUGUAUAUGUGCUUUCUUGAGCAGGGGGACCUUGCGGGCGCUGCAGGAUUUCAGUCGUUCACGGCGUAGUGUGUUACCAAUUGUUUUCUUGGUGACUAUGGUCCCAGCUGCUUUGAGAUCAUUGACAAGAUCCUCUCAUGUAGUUCUGGGCUGAUUCCUCACCGUUCUCAUGAUCAUUGGAACUCCACGAGGUGAGAUCUUGCAUGGAGCCCCAGGCCAAGGGAGAUUGAAAGUUAUUUUGUGUUUCUUCCAUUUGCGAAUAAUAGCAUCAACUGUUGUCACCUUCUCACCAAGCUGCUUGGCGAUGGUCUUGUAGCCCAUUCCAGCCUUGUGUAGGUCUACAAUCUUGUCCCUGACAUCCUUGGAGAGCUCUUUGGUCUUGGCCAUGGUGGAGAAUUUGGAUUCUGAUUGAUUGAUUGCUUCUGUAGACAGGUGUCUUUUAUACAGGUAACAAGCUGAGAUUAGGAGCACUCCCUUUAAGAGUGUGCUCCUAAUCUCAGCUCGUUACCUGUAUAAAAGACACCUGGGAGCCAGAAAUCUUUCUGAUUGAGAGGGGGUCAAAUACUUAUUUCCCUCAUUAAAAUGCAAAUCAAUUUAUAAAAAAUGUUACCUGCGUUUUUCUGGAUUUUUUUGUUGUUAUUCUGUCUCUCACUGUUCAAUUAAACCUACCAUUACAAUUAUAGACUGAUCAUUUCUUUGUCAGUGGGCAAACGUACAAAAUCAGCAGGGGAUUAAAUACUUUUUUCCCUCACUGUACAUGCGCACGCACACCCAGGGCUGGCACGGUAAUUGUAUAAUUGUGUAACCGACGAUUAUGGAUGAAGACCUAAAAUAAAAUAACUCCCGUAACCGUUUAAUCCAUCAAUUUUAAAUAAUAUUUUCUACUUUAUUUUUAAGUAGUAGAUAUAUUUUACACAAUAGCGGUAGUGUAAAUGAAUGAUUAUGAACAAUUUUGCUUCCUUAAUCUGUCUAGAUAUCCAACUGUUUCCAUCUCCUCCCAACGCACACUCUCUCCUUCAAAAUGCACUCCCUUUGAUGCUAUAGCUAGCAUUAUCUGUACCAGCUACAGUGCGAGUAAUUCUCAGGUUUGUAAAGGUGUAAAAAGAUGCUAGAAUCCGACCUGAAUCACCACUCUGUCUGCUUGGUGAGUGUGGACAUUUUAUAAACGAAAGUGAAUCGGCAAUGUUAUAAAAACCGAAGUUGAAAUCCACUAAGUUCGCAAACGUUAAGGGCUCGAUUCAAUCCAUUUCGCCGAAGUUCAGCGCUAUAGCGCACUUACAAUUUUAAAUGGAAUUUUCGAUUGAGCCGACAUGCAGCAUUUACCGUGAAUGCAGUCUCCGUGAACGUGGGAACAUUGCCUUUAAAUGUCAGUCGCACUAUAGCGCUGAACUUUGGCUAUAUGGAUUGAGUCGAGCCCCAAGUUUGUAUGCAUGACCCAAAGGCAUGACCACUGCGUGAUAGAUUGUUUACUUUGGUUGCUAGGCAAUACAACACCCCACUGGCAGUGAGUGGGCCACUGCUGCAGCAGCAGAGAGGAGGGGAGAGAGGAGAGACAAUUAGCGUGCCUUAAUUUUUCAGUUCGAACUGUUAUACAGUGCCUUGCAAAAGUAUUCAUCCCCCUUGGCGUUUUUCCUAUUUUGUUGUAUUACAACCUGUAAUUUAAAUGGAUUUUUAUUUGGAUUUCAUGUAAUGGGCAUACACAAAAUAGUCCAAAUUGGUGAAGUGAAAUGAAAGAAAUAACUUGUUUCCAAAAAUUCUAAAAAAUAAAUAACGGAAAAGUGUUGCGUGCAUAUGUAUUCACCCCUUUUGCCAUGAAGCCCGUAAAUAAGAUCUGGUGCAACCAAUUACCUUCAGAAGUCACAUAAUUAGUUAGAUUGCACACAGGUGGACUUUAUUUAAGUGUCACAUGAUCUGUCACAUGAUCUCAGUGUAUAUAUACACCUGUUCUGAAAGGCCCCAGAGUCUGCAACACCACUAAGCAAGGGGCACCACCAAGCAAGCGGCACCAUGAAGACCAAGGAGCUCUCCAAACAGGUCAGGGACAAAGUUGUGGAGAAGUACAGAUCAGGGUUGGGUUAUAAAAAAAUAUCAGAAACUUUGAACAUCCCACGGAGCACCAUUUUUAAAUCCAUUAUUUUAAAAAAUUGAAAGAAUAUGGCACCACAACAAACCUGCCAAGAGAGGUCCGCCCACCAAAACUAAUGGACCAGGCAAGGAGGGCAUUAAUCAGAGAGGCAACAAAGAGACCAAAGAUAACCCUUAAGGAGCUGCAAAGCUCCACAGCAGAAAUUUGAGUAUCUGUCCAUGGGACCACUAAGCCGUACACUCCACAGAGCUGGGCUUUACGGAAGAGUGGCCAGAAAAAAGCCAUUGCUUAAUGAAUAAAAUAAGCAAACAAGUUUGGUGUUCGCCAAAAGGCAUGUGGGAGACUCCCCAAACAUAUGGAAGAAGGUACUCUGGUCAGAUCAGACUAAAAUGGAGCUUUUUGGCCAUCAAGGAAAACGCUAUGUCUGGCGCAAACCCAACACCUCUCAUCACCCCGAGAACACCAUCCCCACAGAGUGAAGCAUGGUGGUGGCAGCAUCAUGCGGUGUGGAUGUUUUUCAUUGGCAGGGACUGGGAAACUGGUCAAAAUUGAAGGAAUGAUGGAUGGUGGCUAAAUACAGGGAAAUUCUUGAGGGAAACCUGUUUCAGUCUUCCAGAGAUUUGAGACUGGGACGGAGUUCAUCUUCCAGCAGGACAAUGACCCUAAGCAUACUGCUAAAGCAACACUUGAGUGGUUUAAGGGGAAACAUUUAAAUGUCUUGGAAUGGCCUAGUCAAAGCCCAGACCUCAAUCCAAUUGAGAAUCUGUGGUAUGACUUAAAGAUUGCUGUACACCAGCGGAACCCAUCCAACUUGAAGGAGCUGGAGCAGUUUUGCCUUGAAGAAUGGGCAAAAUCCCAGUGGCUAGAUGUGCCAAGCUUAUAGAGACAUACCCCAAGAGACUUGCAGCUGUAAUUGCUGCAAAAGGUGGCUCUACAAAGUAUUGACUUUGGGGGGGUAAAUAGUUAUGCACGCUUAAGUUUUCUGUUUUUUGUCUUAUUUCUUGUCUGUUUCACAAUAAAAAAAUAUUUUGCAUCUUCAAAGUGGUAGGCAUGUUGUGUAAAUCAAAUGAUACAAACCCCAAUUUUUUUUAUUCCAGGUUGUAAGGCAACAAAAUAGGAAAAAUGCCAAGGGGGGUGAAUACUUUCGCAAGCCACUGUAACGGUGACUGUGGUUAAUUCCACGAUAGGCACAGCUCUACACACACACACACACACACACACACACACACACACUUGAAUAUAAGUGUAUCUCUCACUCACUCUUACAUUAUUUUACUGAUCUUUGAACACAUACACUGUACCAAGCAGAGCCAUACUGUUGAUGUUCACUCUGUCUCUUCUAGCUCUGUGUCCUGGUCAGUGGGAGGUGCUGUGUGGAUACCUCAGUCUGCCCUCCAACCUGCUUCAGCUUUACCACAGUCAACAGGAGCUACUGGAGCCAUUACUGCAUGGGUAAGUGUCUCUCUUGCGCGCCAGUAACCUGUCUUUUCUCCUCUUGUAUCCUCUGAAUGGUUCAGAAGUGCCAGCUACAUGGCUGAUUUGAUGUACUGUAUGUCAUAGUCACACUAUGUGAUGGGGGAAAGUUUCUUUAAUUUAGUAUCCUCCUGUCCUGUAGGUGGUGCUCUCACCCAAGUCUACGACAGACCCUUCAGGGAGGUGGUGUUCUCGUGAGGUCAGUGCUGCUAUUUUACUGUCUGAUAUGAUGGGUGGAAAACUCUGAUUACUUAGGUUGGAUAUUGGUAUAAAUGAUUUUGUGUGGUACAGUGUUAAUUUUGGCAGCUAUUUUCGUUUGUCUUUAUGACUAAAAUACCUUUUAGUCUUAGUCACAUUUUAGUCAUUUCAUACUUCUUAGUUUAUCAGUCCACUAAAACUCUGGACAAUUUUAGUGUAGUUUUGCCAGUCAUUAUAGUCGCAUAUUAGUAAAUGCAUUUUUUUCUUCAUGAAAUAAAUAGUAUUUACCUUUUAACUUCCAUCAUAUGCACAUUAAAGGUACUAUGUCUAACUUUGCUUCCCCCUUGAGAGAAAGCUAGGCGAAUUGCAACAACACUUAGGCUGAAUAUAAAAAACUCGGCCCCCUCCCCCGCAUCCCAUUUCCCGGCAACACGGUGGAGACUCGCGCUGGAGUCUUUGUACUUUUAGUUUGGUCCACCAGCUUCAAACAGCUGAAAAUAGUUAGUUAUUGAAAAUAUAUUUCACUGUGAUUUUAGAUGGUACAAUGAUUCUCUACACUCUCAAGUGCUUGUUUUCUCACAAUAAUUUAAAUUGAGUGAACAGUGGCAGAGCGAUUUCUACAUGUUGGACGCCUGCCCGUCUGCCAUCUUCUGUUUAUGCUCGAGGAUCUGCCAUCUUCUGUUUACUACCCAAGUAGUUGCCAUACCAAGUGGUGAUGCAGCCAGUCAAGAUACUCUCAGUGGUGCAGCUGUAUAACUUUUUGAGGAUCUUAGGGCCCAUGACAAAUCUUUUCAGCCUCCUGAGGGGGAAGAGGCGUUGUCGUGCCCUCUUCACGACUCUGUUGGUGUGUUUGGACAAUGAUAGCUCCUUAGUGAUGUGGACAUUGAGGAACUUGAAGCUCUCGACCCGCUCCGCUACAACCCCGUCGAUGUGAAUAGGGGUGUGCUCGGACCUCGUUUCCUGUAAUCUACAAUCAGCUCCAUUGUCUUGCUGACAUUUGAGGGAGAGGUUGUUGUCCUGGCACCACACUGCCAGGUCUCUGACCUCCUCCCUAUAGGCUGUCUCAUCGUCGUCGGUGAUCAGGCCUACCACCAUGUCAUCGCAAACCUAAUGAUAGUGUUGGAGUCGUGCACGGCCAGGGAGUCGUGGGUGAACAGGGAGGGAGUACAGGAGGGGACUAAGCACGCACUCCUGAGGGGGGGCCCCCGUGUUGAGGGUCAGCGUGGUAAAUUUGUUGUUGCCUACCCUCACCACCUGGGGGUGUUCCGUCAGGAAGUCCAGGAUCCAGUUGCAGAGGAUGACCACUCCUCUGAUUCCCUUAAAGAGGAGAAAAUCUGAGCUUUCCAACAUUGCCAGAAAUAUUACUUGACUCCUAAUAUCCAGCAAAUACUGUAGCAUUCAAAGGUCCAAUCGGAGAAGAACUGCACGCACAUUUGUGGACCGUGACAUCGGCAAGACGGAUGAAUAACAGCUUUGAGCUGACGUGAUCAAAGCAAAAAUAGCCUACAUGAAAGUAAGACCGAGUAAACAUUGUUCUGCGUAUCACAUCAAAAGAUUGACGAAUGACUGAAGUGACCGCCCGGGAGCUGUGUGGGAGAGCCGGGCAGAUCAGCCCAAUCAGACCGCGCAACUGAAAGACGUUACUUCUUCCAAUGAGAGGAUUGCAUUAAACAUUCUGCAAAGGCAUGCAUGUAUGCUUAUGAUUGGACAAAACAGAUGAAAAGGAGCUUCAUGUCGAAUUGAAUGUCCAUAAGUCUCACAAGGAAUUCUCGUAACAUUUUCAUGGCGUCUUGUUAUGGGCAUUAGUUUUCGUCAGGAAGAAUAUGUUGACUAAUAUUUUUCGUCAUAGUUAUUGUUGACGAAAUUAACACUGGUGUGGUCGAGUGUUUUUUUAGAACUGUACAGAAGUUGUUGUUGAUUGUGUUAAGAGCUCUAGGGCUGACCAAUUCUUCCUCUGUUCAGUUUCCCUCGGGAGUCCAACAGCCUGAUUGACCUCCCAGAUGACUACAGUGCCCUCAUAAACCAAGCAUCCAGCUUCACGUGAGUGCCCAACGAACAACUGUCAUUGGUGCAUCAGCUGUCAUAGCACAACACAGCCUUACAAAAUUACAAUCAGGAGAAAUUGGAUGUCAUUGCUCUCCUUACUGUCCUAUAGAAGACAUUUUAGAGUGUGAAUGUCUAAUAGAGUUGCGGUCAAAUAUAUUGGACCUCUUGCACUUUUCUUAAAUAAUUCCCUAUUUCUUCUCAAAUAAGUUGAAAUUGAAAACUUUUGGUAUCCACACCUUUUCAAGGUUUUUCAACAUUGCAGAACCAAUUUUAUUUUUUAUAAACUUAAUUAUUCAUUAUUUGUAAACUUUAGAAAAUAAAGACAUGGAAUGGACAAAUUAUUGGCACCCCAGAGCUAGUACUUGGUUGCACAGCCUUUGGCCAAGAUAACUGCUAACAAAUGCUUCUUGUAGCCAUCAUUGAGCUUGCUGCACCUUUCUACUGGCAAUUUGGAUUUGGCCCACUCUUCAGCAGCAAACUGCUCUAAUUCAUCAAUGUUUGAGGGGUGCCUUCCAACAACUGCUGUUCUCAGCUCUCACACAUAGGUUAUGGAAGUGAUCCAGAUUUUGACUCUUCGCUGGCCACUCCAGAACAGUCAAGUAUUUCUUCUUGAACCAUUCCGUGGUGUUUUUGAUGUGUGUUUGGAGUUGUUGUCCUGCUGGAAGACCCACAACCUUCAAUGGAGACACCGUUUUUGGACACUGGGUUGAAAAUUGCACUCCAAAACACCUUUGAUAAUAUGCUGAUUUCAUGUUUUGUUCAAGACCCCCAGUACCAGAGGCACUAAAGCAACACCAUAGCAUUAUCGAACCUCCCUCAUGUUUGAUUGUAGGGAGGGUGUUGUUUUCUUUGAAUGCUUCAUUUGGUUGUUGAUAGGAAGGCCCCACUGCUGAAAGAGACACAAGGAAAGCCUGAUUUAACUUCUCAAAAACCCACCUAAACAAGCCUGAAUCCUGGGGGAAAUGGUAUGUGGACCAAUGAAACUAAAUUAAAGCUCUUUGACAAUACUGUGUUUUUCCAACGACCAAAUGAAGAAUUCAAUGAAAAGAAAACCCUCCCUACAAUCAAACAUGGGGGAGGUGUUCAAAAACUGUCUCCAUUGAAGGUUGUGGGUCUUCCAGCAGGACAACAACCCCAAACACACAUCGAUGUACCCUGGAAUGGUUCAAGAAGAAAAACUGGAGUGGCCAGCGAAAAGUCCAGAUCUGAAUCACAUCCAUAACCUGAAACGGCUCUCACCAUUAAUGGCUACAAGAAGCAUUUGUCGGCAGUUAUCUUGGCCAAAGGCUAUGCAACCAAAUACUAGCACUGGGGUGCCAAACAUUUUGUCCCUGCCAUUUGUCCUUAUUUUCUCAAUUAAACUUGUAAACUUAAGUUUACAAAAUAAAAUUGGUUCUGCAAUGUUGAAAAUCCAAUAAGGUGUGGAGACCAAAAUAUUUGUUCAAUUUCAACUUACUUGAGAAUAAAUAGGGAAUUGUUUAAAAGGCCCAAUGCAGCUGUUUUUAUAUCAAUAUCAAAUCCUUUCUGGGUAACGUUUAGGGUUGACCCCUUUUAGUCGAUUGUUUUGUCGAUAGGCUGUUGGUCGACCAAGAUUUAUUUAGUUUAGCAGUAGCAUAUAUAUAUAUAUAUAUAUAUAUAUAUAUAUAUAUAUAUAUAUAUAUAUAUAUAUAUAUAUAUAUAUAUAUAUAUAUAUAUAUAUAUAUAAAUACCAAUCAAAAGUUUGGACACCUACUCAUUCAAGGGUUUUUCUUUUCUGUUUUACAAUUUUCUACAUUGUAGAAUAAUAGUGAAGACAUCAAAACUAUGAAAUAACACACAUGGAAUCAUGUAGUAACCAAAAAAGUGUUAAACAAAUCAAAAUAUAUUUUAGAUUCUUCGAAGAAGCCACCUUUUGCCUUGACAGCUUUGUACACUCUCUGCAUUCUCUCAACCAGCUUCAUCUGGAGUGCUUUUCCAACAGUCUUGAACGAGUUCCCACAUAUGCUGAGCACUUGUUGGCUGCUUUUCCUUCACUCUGCGGUCCAACUCAUCCCAAACAUUUCUCAAUUGGGUGAUUGUGGAGGCCAGGUCAUCUGAUGCAGCAAUCCAUCACUCUCCUUGGUCAAAUAGCCCUUACACAGCCUGGAGGUGUGUUUUGGGUCAUUGUCCUGUUGAAAAACAAAUGAUAGUCCCACUAAGCGCAAACCAGAUGGGAUGGCGUAUCGCUGCAGAAUGCUGUGAUAGCCAUGCUGGUUAAGUCUGCCUUGAAUUCUAAAUAAAUCACUGACAGUGUCACCAGCAAAGCACCCCCACACAUCACACCUCCUCCAUGCUUCACAGUGGGAACCACACAUGCGGAGACCAUCCGUUCACCUGCUCUGCAUCUCACAAAGACACGGCGGUUGGAACCAAAAAAUCUCAAAUUUGGACUCAUCAGACUGAAGGACAGAUUUCCACCGGUCUAAUGUCCAUUGCUCAUGUUUCUUUGCCUAAGCAUGUCUCUUCUUCUUAUUGGUGUCCUUUAGUAGUGGUUUCUUUGCAGCAAUUCGACCAUGAAUGCCUGAUUCAUGCAGGCUCCUCUGAACAGUUGAUGUUGAGAUGUGUCUGUUACUUGAACUCUGUGAAGCAUAUGUUUGGGCUGCAAUUUCUGAGGCUGGUAACUGUAAUGAACUUAUCCUCUGCAGCAGAGGUAACUCUGGGUCUUCCAUUCCUGUGGCGGUCCUCAUGAGAGCCAGUUUCAUCAUAGCGUUUCAUGGUUUUUGCGACUGCACUUGAAGAAACUUUCAAAGUUCUUGAAAUUUUCCGCAUUGACUGACCUUCAUGUCUUAAAGUAAUGAUGGACUGUAAUUUCUCUUUGCUUAUUUGAGCUGUUCUUGCCAUAAUAUGGACUUGGUCUUUUACCAACCCUAACUUGUCACAACACAACUGAUUGGUUCAAACGCAUUAAGAAGGAACGAAAUUCCACAAAUUAACUUUUAACAAGGCCACCUGUUAAUUGAAAUGCAUUCCAGGUGACUACCUCAUGAAGCUGGUUGAGAGAAUGCCAAGAGUGUGCAAAGCUGUCAUCAGGCAAAGGGAGUCUCAAAUUAAAAUAUAUUUGUAUUUGUUUAACACUUUUUUUGGGUACUACAUGAUUCUAUAUGUGUUAUUUCAUAGUUUUGAUGUCUUCACUAUUAUUCUACAAUGUAGAAAAUAGUAAAAAAAAUAAAGAAAAACCCUUGAAUGAGUAGGUGUGUCCAAACUUUUGACUGGUACUGUAAAUAUAUCAGACACCUGUCUGAUUUACGCAUGGCUCAGUGGACUAAUCCAUUGCGGUAGCCACGGGAUGGCUCACCAGUAGUACAUUUAUAGUUCAUUCCCAUAAUUUGUAAUCUACAGUAUUUGGUUAAGGUCAUUUCUGUUAAUGCAUUCAAUAUAUUAUUAUUAUUAUUAUUAUUAUUAUUAUUAUGCAUAGAAGAAGUCCUAGGCUACCUGGCCUGCGCACAAAUGUAGGCCUAUAAAUGUUUCCAUUUGGGGAUCUGAUAGUAUUUCUGAUUGUCUUAUUUCACCACCACUGUGGAGCUUCUCAAAGUAAUUUUUUUCUUCACCUCAAACAGCAAGUAAACUAAGUCUGUUUUUACAUUGAUUGAGGAUGACAAUAGUUCCUCAACGUAGCCUAUGUGAAAAAUCUUUACAGCUCUCUUUCGAUAACCAGUCAGUGUGAAAGUGGAAAAAGAUGUCAUACUCUGAUCCGGUGGAAAUGUAAUAAAAUAGGCCUACCUGAUUACUUCUUAUCCCUUGCGCAAAUAGCCUACAGCUGUGUCUGUCCGGAGCUCACCGGAGCGGAAACUCUGAGGUCCCAGAAUAUUUAAUACAAAGUUGCAAGUUUGCUAGAGGGAGCUUCAGGCCGGACCAAGUUGAUAGUUGAUACACUUUUUCAAGUUCCUUGCAGACAGGCCAUGCGUAGCCAAUGUGAUUUAUAGGAUAUUUAUUUUUUAUCAGGGUAUUUUCUACCUGUAGGCUGCAAUGUUUUUAUUUGUUGGCUUCAUGUAGGCUAUUUUUACAUAGUUGGCAAUAUAAGUUACUUUUAGAAUUUUGAAUAACCCCAUGAUAAUGAUUUUGAGAUACGAAGACUGUAUUAUAAAUGGAGAAAAAAAAUGGCAUAUGAAAAUCAUAACUGCCACGCAGAUCGGUAGAAAUGGUAAGAUAAAUUGGCACUCCAAAUGGAAAAGGUUGCCGACCCCUGGUGUAGACUAUUACCAGCAACUUCAGGAGCUUAAUGGCAGAAUCUGCGAAGGCCAGCAUCAGCUGGAGGAGGGGGGUCGGGAACAUUUUUUUCUUCUUCUGGUUAUUUCAUCUUGAUCUCUGGCUCCCUCUUGAGUCAUUUUUGUGUCUUAAUUAUUUAAUCACAGUGUGCUUAAGCAUCAGACAACCUCAGUAGCCUGCAUAUAGUUGAUUUUAUUAACACAUAGGGUGUGUCUAUAUAGGGAAAAAUACACAUUUUAAAUCUAAAGUCUAAAGAACAGACAACUCUCGGUCGACCAAGAUUUUCUUUAGUUGGGGACAGCCCUAGUAACGUUUAAGUACCUUGCUGUAAUAAAUUCCAUUAAACAGUGUUAGUUUCAUCAGCUGUUUUACAAUAUGCUAUAAAACACAGGAAAAACUGAAUUUUGACUGCACUGGGCCUUUAAGAAAAACGCAAGGGUGCCAAUAUACACUACAUGGGCAAAAGUAUGUGGACACCUGCUCAUCGAACAUCCACAUUCCAAAAUCAUGGGCAUUAGUAUGGAGUUGCGCCCCCCUUUGCUGCUAUAACAGCCUCCACUCUUCUGGGAAGGCUUUUCACUAGAUGUUGGAACAUUGCUGCAGGGACUUGCUUCCAUUCAGCCACAAGAGCAUUAGUGGUCCCCUGUAGCUCAGUUGGUAGAGCAUGGCGCUUGCAACGCCACGGUUGUGGGUUCGUUUCCCACGGGGGGCCAGUAUGAAAAAUGUAUGCACUCACUAACUGUAAGUCGCUCUGGAUAAGAGCGUCUGCUAAAUAACUAAAAUGUAAAAUGUAGUGAGGUCGGGCGCUGAUGUUGGGCGAUUAGGUCUGGCUCACAGUCGGCGUUCCAAUUCAUCCCAAAGGUGUUCGAAGGGGUUGAGGUCAGGGCUCUGUGCAGGCCCUUCAAGUUCUUCCACACCAAUCUCGACAAAACGUUUCUGUAUGAAUCUCGCUUUGUGCACGGGGGCAUUGUCAUGCUGAAACAGGAAAGGGCCUUCCCCAAACUGUUGCCACAAAGUUGGAAGCACAGAAUCGUCUAAAAUGUAAUUGUAUGCUGUCGCGUUCAGAUUUCCCUUCACUGGAACUAAGGGGCCUUGCCUGAGCCAUGAAAAACAGCCCCAGACCAUUAUUCCUCCUCCACAAAACUUUACAGUUGGCACUAUGCAUUGGGGCACGUAGCGUUCUCCUGGCAUCCGCCAAACCCAGAUUAGUUCGUCAGACUGCCAAAUGGUGAAUCUGGUCCUCCCGUGUGGCUCAGUUGGCAGAGCAUGGUGCGUGCAAUGCCAUGGUUGUGGGUUCGAUUCCCACUGGAGACCAGUAUGAAAAGGUACAAAAAUGUAUGCGCUCACUACUGUAUUGUCACAUGUGCCAAAUACAACAGGUGUAGACCUUACCGUGAAAUGCUUACUUACAAGCCCUUAACCAAGAAAUAGAGUUAAGACAAUAUUUACUAAAUAAACUAAAGGUAUAAAAUAAAAAGUAACACAAUAACAAUAACAAGGCUAUAUACAGGGGGUACUGGUACUGAGUCUAUGUGCAGGGGUACAGGUUAGGGGAGGUAAUUUGUACAUGUAGGUAGGGGUAAAGUGGCUGGAGAAGAGUGUCUGCUAAAUGACUAAAUUGUAAAUGAAUCGUGAUUCAUCACUCAAGAGAAUGCGUUUCCACUGCUCCAGAGUCCAAUGGCGGGGAGCUUUACACCACUCCAGCCAACGCGUGGCAUUGCGCAUGGUGAUCUUCGGCUUGUGUGCGGCUGCUUGGCCAUGGAAACCCAUUUCAUGAAGCUCCCGACAAACAGUUAUUGUGCUGACGUUGCUACCAGAGGCAGUUUGGAACCCGGUAGUGAGUGUUGCGAUUUUUACGUGCUUGAACACACGGCAGUCCUGUUCUGUGAGCUUGUGUGGCCUACCACUUCGUGGCUGAGCCGUUGUUGCUCCUAGACGUUUCCACUUCACAAUAACAGCACUUACAGUUGACGGUGGCAGCUCUAGCAGGGCAGACAUUUGACAAACUGUUGGAAAGGUGGCAUCCUAUGACGGUGCCACGUUGAAAGUCACUGAGCUCUUCAGUAAGGCCAUUCUACUGCCAAUGUUUUCCUAUGGAGAUUGCAUGGCUGUGUGCUUGAUUUUAUACACCUGUCAGCAACGGGUGUGGCUGAAAUAGCCAAAUCCACUUAUUUGAAGGGGUAUCCACAUACUUUGUAUUUGGCCCCAACUGUAUGUGUUCAUGCUCUCCUCACUCUCCCCCCAGGUGCCCUAAGUCGGGGGGGGAUAAGUCCCGUGCUCCCACCCUGUGCCUGGUGUGUGGCUCCAUGCUGUGUUCUCAGAGCUACUGCUGCCAGACAGAGCUAGAUGGAGAGGACGUGGGAGCCUGCACCGCACACACCUUCGCCUGCGGAGCCGGAGUAGGCAUCUUCCUCAGGUACAGACCCGACUCUUUUGUGUGUGUAAGUUUUUUUUUUUUUUUUUUUUUUUUUUUUAUGUGCGCCUGUAUACAGUGGGGUCCGGAAUUAUUGGGUCCCUUGAUAAAGAUGAGCAAAAAAAUACUGUAUAAAAUAACUAAUACUGAGCUAUAUUGUACGCAAAAAAAAAACGGAACAAUUAUUUUAUACUAAUACAAUUGCUCAGAGAAUGAUUUUGUUUUCAAUACUUCCCCUUGCGAGGAUAACAACACUGAGCCUUUUUCUAAAAUGUUUUAUGAGAUUCGAGAACACUUUGGGAGGGAUCUUAGACCAUUCCUCCAUACAGAAUCUUUCCAGAUCUUUGAUAUCCUUCGUCUAUGCUUAUGGACUGCCCUCUUCAAUUCAAACCACACGUUUUCAAUGGGUUCAAGUCCGGAGACUGAGAUGGCCAUUGCAAAAUGUUGAUUUUUGUGGUCAAUUAACCAUUUCUUUGUGGAUUUUGAUGUGUGCUUGCGGUUAUUGUCUUGCUGGAAGAUCCACUUGCGGCGAAGUUUCAGCCUCCUGGCAGAGGCAACCAGGUUAUUUUGCAAAAAUGUCCUGGUACUUGGAAAAGUUCAUGAUACUGAUCACCUUAAGGGCCCCGGGACCAGUGGAAGCAAAUCAAAGAUCCACUACCAUAUUUUACUGUAGGGAUUAGGUAUUUUCUGCAUAUGCAUUGUUCUUUUGAAGGCCAAAACCACCAUUGGCGUGGCCAAAGACCUUUUAUUUUCAUGUCACCCCAAGCACACAUUAAAAUCCACAAAAAGUAGUUAAUUGACCACAAAAUCAACAUUUUGCGAUGGCCAUCUCAAUCUACGGACUUGCCUACGUUCAUGAGUAUGCAAGUAUAAUGCUGUCCCUUCUGUUCCAGAGUGAGAGAGAGCCAGGUUCUGUUCCUGGCUGGUAAAACUAAGGGCUGUUUCUACGCUCCUCCUUACCUGGACGACUAUGGAGAGACGGACCAGGGCCUAAGGUGAACAACACUGCACAUUCACUCAUUACAGUACAGCAGUGGUUCUCAAAAUGGCUUCUCAAAAGGUUGGAACAAACACCUGCGCACACUAGAAUCACCCAGAAGCAACUUUGAGACCCAAUGCUGUAAAUGUUAUUGGUCUGUGCUGAAAGAUGUCCAAUAGUGUGUUUGCUGUGCUCAGCCAUUUGAAAGCCUUGCGUCUCUGUGUUUAUCCAGGCGGGGGAACCCAUUGCACCUGUGCCGCGAGCGCUACCGCAAGAUCCAGAAGCUGUGGCGCCAGCACAGCAUCACAGAGGAAAUAGGCCACGCCCAGGAAGCCAACCAGACCCUGGUGGGUAUCGACUGGCAGCACCUGUGA